GGGACCGGAUUUCGAGGGGGGAUUCGAUUUGUAACCACACCGCCGCGGGAGGGCGAAGUUAAAAACAACAUGGCCGAAGACAUGCAGAAAAAGGACAGUUCUUUUGCUGUUUUUUUUUUAACGCUUUACAGUCAUUUCACAAAUUAAAGCGUAACAAGAUGGAAUACAGCUAUGUUUGAGCAAGAUAUAACUUGUCUUUAGUAUUUCAAACAAUUAGAACUUAAGGAUUUAAGGAAACUGAACCUGUUAAAGAGGGUUUGAGUGAAUAAACGGAAGAGCAACAUGAACCGCAAGAAAGACAAGGGCUUUGAGAGCCCCCGACCAUAUAAACUAACCCAUCAGGUAGUCUGCAUCAACAACAUCAAUUUUCAGAGAAAGUCUGUCAUUGGCUAUGUGGAACUGACCAUCUUUCCAACAGUGAUGAACCUGAACCGUAUUAAAUUGAAUAGCAAGCAGUGCCGUAUCUACAGGGUGAGAGUGAAUGAUCUUGAGGCACCAUUCAUUUACAACGACCCCACACUGGAGGUCUGCCAUCAUGAAUCCAAGCAGAGGAACCUGAACUAUUUCUCCAGUGCUUACACAGCAGCUGUUAGUGCUGUAGAUCCAGAUGCUGGAAAUGGGGAACUUUCCAUUAAAGUUCCUUCUGAGCUCUGGAAACAAGGAGAUGAGAUGAAAGUUAUGAAGGUGUACAUUGAAUUUUCAUUGGACCAGCCGAAGGGGGGGUUGCAUUUUGUAGUACCUGAUGUGGAAGGAAGUAUGGCAGAAAGGGCAGCCCAUGUUUUCUCCUUUGGCAACCAGAAUUCCACACGGUUCUGGUUUCCAUGUGUAGACUCAUACUCUGAGCUGUGCACAUGGAAGCUGGAGUUCACAGUGGAUGCCUCCAUGGUGGCAGUGUCUUGUGGGGAUCUAGUGGAAACAAUCUACACCCACGACAUGCGCAAGAAAACCUUUCACUACAUGCUGCCCAUCCCCACUGCGGCCCCUAACAUUUCCCUGGCUGUGGGGCCCUUUGAGAUUCUUGUGGACCCCUAUAUGCAUGAGGUGACUCAUUUUUGCCUGCCUCAGCUUCUGCCCCUGUUGAAGCACACCAUGUCCUACCUGCAUGAGAUUUUUGAGUUCUAUGAGGAGAUCCUUACCUGUCGCUACCCUUAUUCUUGCUUCAAGACCGUCUUUGUGGAUGAGGCUUAUGUGCAGGUCUCAUCGUAUGCAUCCAUGAGUAUUUUCAGUACCAACCUCCUGCACAGUGGCAUGAUCAUAGAUCAGACUCCUGUGACCAGGCGCUGUCUGGCUCAAGCUCUGGCCCAGCAGUUUUUUGGAUGCUUCAUCUCUAGGAUGUCCUGGUCUGAUGAGUGGGUUUUGAAGGGAAUUUCUGGAUACAUUUAUGGCCUCUACCUGAAGAAAACCUUUGGAGUCAAUGAGUAUCGUCACUGGAUUAAGGAGGAACUGGACAAGAUUGUGGAGUAUGAGCUAAAGAUGGGUGGAGUCCUGCUACAUCCCACCUUCUCUGGAGGGAAAGAAAAAGACAAUCCAACACCCCACCUGCACUUUUCCAUCAGACACCCCCACACAUUGUCCUGGGAAUAUUACAAGAUGUUCCAAUGCAAAGCCCACCUGGUCAUGAGGCUCAUUGAAAACAGAAUUAGCAUGGAGUUCAUGUUGCAGGUGUUUAACAAGCUCUUGAGUCUGGCCAGCACAGCAUCAUCCCAGAAAUAUCAGUCUCACAUGUGGAGCCAGAUGCUCGUGUCCACCUCUGGAUUCCUCAAAUCCAUUUCCAACGUGUCAGGGAAGGACAUCGGACCCCUCAUCAAGCAAUGGGUAGACCAGAGUGGGGUGGUAAAAUUUUUUGGAAGUUUUGCCUUCAACAGGAAAAGAAAUGUUUUGGAACUUGAGAUCCGUCAGGACUACACAUCAUCUGGCACACAGAAAUAUGUGGGCCCUAUUAAAGUGACAGUGCAGGAACUGGAUGGAUCAUUUAACCACACAUUACAGAUAGAGGAGAACAGUCUCAAACAUGACAUUCCCUGCCACUCCAAAAGCAGAAGGAACAAGAAGAAGAAAAUCCCUCUGAUGAAUGGAGAGGAAGUUGACAUGGACUUGUCAGCCAUGGAUGUUGACUCUCCUCUGCUGUGGAUUCGAAUUGAUCCAGACAUGUCCAUCCUACGGAAGGUGGAGUUUGAACAGGCCGAUUUCAUGUGGCAGUACCAGCUGCGGUUUGAGAGGGAUGUGGUGGCCCAGGAGGAGGCUAUCUCAGCACUGGAAAUAUUUCCCACACCGGCCUCACGACUUGCUCUCACUGAUAUUUUAGAACAAGACCAGUGCUUUUAUAAAGUCCGCAUACAGGCCUGCUUCUGUCUGGCUAAGAUUGCUAAUUCCAUGAUGAGCACCUGGACUGGCCCCCCAGCCAUGAAGUCUCUUUUUACACGCAUGUUCUGCUGCAAAAGCUGCCCUAAUAUUGUCAAGACCAACAACUUCAUCAAUUUUCAGAGCUACUUCCUGCAAAAGACUAUGCCUGUGGCCAUGGCUCUGCUCAGAGAUGUUCAGAACCUUUGUCCCAAAGAGGUCCUCAACUUUAUACUGGACCUCAUCAAAUACAAUGACAACCGGAAGAACAAGUUUUCUGAUAAUUACUAUCGUGCUGAGCUGAUUGAUGCCCUGACAAAUUCACUGACUCCUGCCAUCAGCAUUAAUAAUGAGGUGCGUACAGUGGACAACUUGAACACAGAUGUUCGCCUGAUCUUGGAGGAAAUCACACGCUUUCUUAACAUGGAAAAACUGCUGCCGAGCUACUGUAACACCAUAACUGUCAGUUGCUUACGGGCCAUCCGCAUGCUACAGAAGAACGGCCACAUCCCCAGUGACCCCAGCCUGUUCAAGUCCUACGCUCAGUAUGGCCACUUUGUGGAUGUGAGGAUUGCUGCACUGGAGGCUGUAAUAGACUAUACCAGAGUCGAUAGGAGUUCCAGUGAACUGCAGUGGCUUUUGGAUCUGGUACAGAAUGAUCCAGUCCAUUACAUAAGGCAUGAGAUUCUCAGCAUGCUUGCUAAGAAUCCACCUUUCACCAAAGCAGCGGAUUCCUUGUUGUGUAAUGAAGCUUUAGUGGACCAACUAUGGAAGCUGAUGAACUCAGGUACCUGUCAUGACUGGCGUUUGCGAUGCGAUGCAGUGAAUCUGUAUAACACUCUGUUUGGGCUGACCCGACCCUCCUGUCUGCCACUACCUGAGUUGGGUCUUGUGCUUAACCUGAAGGAGAAGAAAGCAGUUCUCAACCCCACCAUCAAAUCUGAGCAGGGCCCUGGAGGCCCAGAGGUGACCACAACCAGCACUCUGGAGGAGGAGCAUGUUGUCAUGGAGCCAGCAAUGAGUGGUGUGGCCAUGGCCCCACAGGGUUUAAAGAGGAAGGCAGAGACUCCAUUAGGUUCAUCCCCUGAACCCGGACAAGUUAUGCAAGAGGAGCCUAGUGCUAAAGCAUCUAUUAAAAGCAAAUUUCCCACCCAGGAGGAGGAAGAUAUUGAUAUGGACACAGUUCAUGACAGCCAGGCGUUCAUCUACCACCACCUGAACAUGUUGGAGAGACCCUCAACUCCAGGUAAAGAACCAUCUUCAGUGGAGCAAGCCAUGUUGUCCAUGCCAGGAACACCCAUGCCCACACUGAGCAAAGAGAGCACAUCCUCUAAACAUGGAGAUCACCACCACCACCACCACCAUCAUCAUCAUGAGCACAAGAAGAAGAAGAAGAAGCACAAACACAAACAUAAACACAAACACAAGCAUGAGAGUAAAGACAAAGAUAAGGAUAGAGACUCUCACGCCUUUAGUAACAGCCCUGCCAGUGGCCGCUCCAUUCGUUCUCCAUCUCUGUCUGACUGAUAAUGGUAUCAGCCAGCAAAAGUAGUCUGAACUAACAUUAAAAUACACAUUGUUUUAAGCAUUUCUGAUGUUUUUUUUCCGUUUAUUGUUUUACAAAUUACUCUGUGCUGUAAAGACAUUGCGAUAGCACCCAACGUGUAAUAUGUCAGUGUUUAAAUGAAAAGUUAAUUCGAAAAUAUUUUUUUAAUUUAAAUAAUUGAUUAAAGAGUUUGUACAGUACACAAGAAGAAAAGGGUUAUUCUGCAAUAUGAUCUGACCACACGUAAAGCUGCCUGUUUUGUGGCCUCUUAACGGCAAACACACAGAUUCACAUACUCACCAUCCUGGACCACUGGGGUUGUUUCCUGCCACUGAAUCUCAAGAUAAAUUUCAACAUUCUGUAAGUACUUUAAUGAGGGAACAUUUCACACUGUUGGCUCUAUGGUCAACUUGGCUUGCAGUCUUUUAAAUAGGUGCUUCAUUUGCAACUUUAAAUUGUGAAGGGUCAAUUGGAUAUAUGGUAUAGUAUACUAAUUUGAGCCAUAAAUAAUUGUUUACCUACUUCACCUUUUGCAUUUGUUGUCUCCAUUGUAAAAAUUUUUCUAGUAAGUUCUUUUUCAUUGAUGUUUUGUUUGCAUAAAACCAUGAAGACAUUUUGUUUAAGCUUUUAAUCAUUGUUUUUGUUACACCACAACUUUUUCCCUAGUGUAUGUUCAUGUGUUUGAGCUUCAGUUUCCAAACUAGAACUCAAUUUAGAUGAAUAGGUAAAAAUGUCAUUGUUCAUUAUUUCUCAGACAAACGUGCUUGCACAUAUAUAUGCUUAUGGUAUUGGUCAAUCUGUCUAGUGAAUACCAGAAAACAAAUAUAGAUGAUCAAAUGGACAUAGUAUUGUUUGCUGUAAACUUAUUGAAAUUUAGUGUUUGCCAAGCACAUUAUGAGUACCGUUAUUAAAGGGAUAGUUAAUCCAAAAAAAAAAAAAAUGGAUAUUCUGUUAUUUACUUGCCCUCAAGUUGUGCCAAACCUGUAUCAAUUUCUUUCUUCUGUUGAACACAAUAUAUUUGAGAAAAUAUGCAUAACUAAACAAUUGUGGGUCCCCACUGAUUUCUAUAGUAUUGAAAAAAUACCAAUCUAUACAAGUCAAUGGGAGGUCCAGUUUGGUUACCCACAUCCUUCAAAAUCUUUUCUUUUGUGUUCAACAAGAAACUCGUGCAGACUUGAGGGUGUUACAAUUUUCAUUUUAGGUGUACUAUUCCUUUUAAGAACAAAAGCCAAAAUAUAAUACUGACCUAUUUAUCUAGAUAGCCAAAAUGUUAUUUCUGCCCUUUCAUUGUGAUUAAGUUCUGUGUAUUAGUGGUCUCUGUACAAAAAUCAGUAACCACUUUUUGGUUCUUUGUGGAGUUUCAUAAUGUUUGUCAAAAUACAAGUAGUAUGGAUAACCCAGAUGUACACACUAUACCUUGAUUUCCAUCUGUUCUGUUGUGAUUUACUUUAUGAUUGUUUGGGGUCCUAGACACCACUUUGACUUAGUUUUACUACUAUUAUUAACUAUUAUUUUCCAUUUCAAAUGUUUAAAAUCUUUUCUGACCUAACUGCAACCCAGCAGGCAUAUAACUGAAGGUUUUACCAAUUUUGGUCCCAACGAAAACAUGUUGCUAAAUACAAAUCCAAACGGACAACUGGUACUACAGUCUGAAAACCAAUAAAGGAAUCUUACUGUUAAACAAUG